GGUCUUUAAUUUGUAUUUCUACAUUUGCCACGAAUCAAAAAACAACGUGAAUUGAGAAGUGAAAAUGCCGUGUGUUUUUAUUUGAUAUUACUUUUAUUCACUCUGCAAUGGCUGAAAAAAUAAGUAAUAUGGAAAACGGAUCGCCAGACGUUCCAUACUUUACUUUUGAAAUUGCUUGGGAGGUUGCCAAUAAAGUUGGAGGUAUUUAUACUGUGAUUAAAUCCAAAGCUCCAGUGACGGUCGAGGAAUUGAAAAAUCAUUACUGUUUGAUUGGUCCAUACAAAUUGGUAAUGUGAAACAUGGAAUAAUGAAUUGUUCACCCCAGAAUCACCCCAGAAUAAGGCGAUAGGAGAAGCUAUUGAAGACAUUAAAAGGAAGGGAUUAAGGUUGUUUUGGCGAUGGCUUAUUGAUGGAUUCCUCAAGUGAUUUUAUUGGACGUCGGUUCAGGCUCGAAGUUCAUGAACACUUGGAAACAGGAACUUUGGGAGAAAUGCAAUGUUGGUGUACCGCAUUUAGAUAUUGAAGCUAACGAUUCUGUGAUAUUUGGCUAUCUCGUCUGUUGGUUCAUCACUGAGUUUAAAAAGCGCGAACCUUUGCCAGUCAUUGCGCAUUUUCACGAGUGGCUAUCUGGUGUUGGUUUAGUGGCGUUGAGAACAAAACAUGUUGAUGUUACCACAAUAUUUACGACCCACGCCACCUUACUGGGACGUCAUCUAUGUGCUGCUAAUGCCGAUUUUUAUAAUAAUCUUAGUAAUUUCAACAUAGACAAGGAAGCGGGCGAUCGUGGUAUUUAUCAUCGAUAUUGUCUCGAGAGGUCCGCUGUUCAUUCGGCUCACGUGUUCACUACAGUUUCCUUGAUUACAGCCGAUGAAGCUGAACAUAUGGUUCGACGUAGAGCGGAUUGUAUAUUACCGAAUGGACUGAACGUCGUGAAAUAUACGGCUCUUCAUGAAUUUCAAAAUCUUCAUGCCAUAGCGAAGGAAAAAAUACACAAAUUUGUUCGAGGUCAUUUUUAUGGACAUAACUUUGAUCUGAAUUCAACGCUCUAUUUUUUCUCCGCCGGCAGGUAUGAAUAUUUCAACAAAGGAGUAGAUCUUUUCGUAGAGUCUUUAGCCAGGUUAAAUCAUUUCUUAAAGUCGAUCAAUAGCUCUACUACGGUUGUCGCCUUCCUUAUUUUCCCAACGAAAACUAACAAUUUUAACGUUGAUUCGUUGAAAGGACAAGCUGUUGCCAAACAAUUAAGGGAUGUCGUUGAUGAACUUCAAGAUAAAAUCGGAAAGAAAUUAUUUGAAGCUGCUCUCGGUGGUAAAAUACCGGAAGCUGACACUUUGCUCUCUCCUGGUGACGUCAUUAAAUUGAAGCGUUGUAUUUACUCUGGACAGAGAGGCUGUCUCCCCCCUGUUGUCACUCAUAAUGUUAUGAAUGAUUCCGCUGAUCAAAUACUCAAUCAUAUACGGCGUUGUCGUAUGUUUAAUUACGAUUCUGAUAGAGUUAAGAUUAUUUUCCAUCCGGAAUUUUUAUCUGCAACGAACCCAUUGAUAGGAAUGGAAUAUGAAGAAUUUGUUCGUGGCUGUCAUUUGGGAGUGUUUCCCUCUUAUUAUGAGCCAUGGGGUUAUACACCUGCUGAAUGCACUGUCAUGGGUAUACCAUCGGUGUCCACGAACUUAUCUGGGUUUGGUCGCUUCAUGGCUGAGCACAUAGCAGAUCCUUGCUCCUAUGGGAUCUAUCUCGUAGAUCGAAGAUUCAAAGAUGUCGAAGGAUCAAUAACACAGUUGGCUGAGCACAUGAAAUCGUUUUGCCUGCUCAGUCGUCGGCAGAGAAUUAUUCAACGGAACAGAACAGAGCGACUUAGUGAACUGCUUGACUGGAAAAGUCUUGGAAGGUAUUACAUGAAAGCGAGGAGAAAGGCUUUGUCUAUUGUUUACCCUGACCAAUUUCAAGAAGAAAAUGAAGAAGACGAUGAAAGAUAUCAAACACAGUAUUUCAGAUUUCCUCGUCCCGGCUCCCAGCCCCCUUCUCCGACAGCGUCAAGUUACGGCUCUGAUGACGAGGAAGACGAACGCCAUCGACUGUAUAGCGAAUGAGGUUCUAACGACGUCAUUUUAUAUGGUGUUUAUGUGUGUCUUAUCGAAAUUUUAUUCUUCAUAAAACUACUUAUUAGUCAUUUUUGCGAUCCUUCAAUGCCUGUAUGGGAAUUGAAUGAGAAUUUCAGCAUUAUUGAUUUGAUGUUCGAAAUAUUUUACUGAGAAUGAAAAUCCCAUCUAUGGACAACUAA